AUGCAGCCAGCACUUGAAUCCCGCCUCAUGGCCCUGCCGCCUGAGCUGCGCUGCCAUGUCUACUCUUUUCUGCCCGAGCUCGUGUACAAGUACAUAUGGCCCGUCGUCAAGUCAUCUCCCGUCGGCGUGUGCAGCUGGCCGUACUAUAGGUUGCCGACGUCGUUGCUCUUGAUCAGCAAGCUCAUCUAUCAAGAAACCGGAGAUGCAUUGGUCCAAAAACAAUUGCGUAAUCUCAACGAGCAAUACCCGCCGGUCGUUGUUUUGGGACCAGCCAAAUUACAGUACGAGCCACGAAAUGGCUUCAUGGACGAGUUGUUCGGUCUUUUGUCAAGGCACAAUGGCAACACUUCAUCCGUGUACGAUGGCAGUGAGACCCUUGCUGGACGCAAUCCUAAGCGCAUAUGUAAUGGCAUCACAGCUUGGACCAACCAGAGUCUCGAGACGAGACUUGGAGUCCACUGGGAACAAGUUUACCAGCGCCUCCCUAGAGAGCUGGGCUACUCGAAAGAGAAUCUGGAGACUUUCGUCACAUGCACCUUGACCAGGAUGGCACAUAAUAAUGCCAAAGAAGCCCGGAUUCGACUAUUGAUUCGUGGCAGCGCUCUUAACAAGGCUUGGCUCUGGGAAAGACGUAUGAUGGACUAUCUUAUUCAGUACAAGACGAGAGCAAUCUUGAAUUUCCGUUGCGAUGCUGAGAGUAUGCGUUCCAGCGAAGCAGUGACUGUUGUCCUUCCACCUCAACCACAUGGUGAUUACGUUGAUGAAUUUAUUGCAUGGAUGCGGGGGGAAAACUUUGGUUUCGAACUAGAAGCACCGUCAAUCCAGGACGAACGGCUGUUCAGUGAGCAUGGCCACUAUAACACUUAUCACGGCAAUGUAAAAGCAGAAAUGGUAUAG